AAUUUGAUCUCCCCACUCUGUCAUCAGCACAGUAUUUGAAGGGGUCAUGGCUGUGCUAUCAGGCAGCAUUUGUAAAUGAAUAAACUGCUUAGUUUGAGCUCUGCCAGGGUCACUCAGCUUCGGAUCUCAUGUGCAACCUUGAUUCAAACAUGAACAAAUGAGCUGAAUUCCAGCAGUGAAGUGAUAGUGGCUGCCCUUGACAUCAAAGCCACAUAUCGCAGAAGGGUGGGCCUAUUCUACACAGACGUACAUCAAACAAGAAGUGUUAACAGGGAUCAUUUUUACCCACGAUUGAUUAAAUCAGACCAGAGUGAAUUGUAUGCGGUUUAAGCUGAAAUCCAUUACUUCGAAAACUUCUGGAGCCAUCAGAACAUCUACAACUUGAAUUGUGAAAUCAGGAAAAACGCUGAUGGUGAAUAGUUGCAUCUUUUAAGUAUGCUGCUGUUCUGAUGUAAAGGCUGGUCUCCAAAUCCCAGCCACAGUUCCAGGGUUGUGAAUCUCCAUGGUGUAGAUGCGAAUUUGGGAUCGACUAUGUGUAACUGCAAGAUUAUAAAGUAACCCAAAGAAUGCUGCUGCGUGAACUGGAGACUACGGACAAUGGGAUCAAUUAAAAUUGAAUGUGUUUUGAAAGAGAAGUACUCAGUUGGAGAGAGUCCUGCAUGGGAAGAAAAACAUGGCACACUGCUGUAUGCUGACAUUACUGAACAGAAUGUUUACAGAUGGCAUCCUGAGAGUAACCAAGUGGAGAAAGUCCAUGUUGAUGCUUCGGUUGGAGCUGUUGUUCCCCGGCGUUCUGGUGGCUAUGUCCUGGCCAUCGGAAAACAGUUUGCCUUUCUGGACUGGGAGAACAAGAAGGUUACGGAUAUUGCACAGAUCGAUGACAAAAAAACAAACAUCAGAUUUAAUGAUGGCAAAGUGGAUCCUGCCGGACGUUUUCUUGCAGGCACCAUGGCAGUGGAGACUCAACCUGGGGAAUUUGAAAGGCAUCAGGGAGCUCUUUACACCUUGCAGACGAAUCACUCUGUCAUCAAACACUUUGAUCAAGUGGAUAUUUCCAAUGGUCUAGAUUGGUCACUGGAUCACAAGAUCUUCUAUUACAUAGACAGUUUGUCUUUUACUGUGGAUGCAUUUGACUACGACCUGCAGACGGGAAAGAUCUCUAAUCGGAGGGUUGUGUACAAACUUGAAAAAGAUGAAGCUAUUCCUGAUGGGCAGUGCAUUGAUAGCGAGGGAAAACUCUGGGUCGCCUGCUAUAAUGGUGGAAGAAUCCUUCGUAUCGACCCAGAGACAGGUAAAAGGAUCCAGACAGUGAAACUGCCUGUUAGUAAAACUACAUCCUGCUGCUUUGGAGGAAAAGAUUACUCUGACCUAUAUGUAACCACAGCUACCAAAAGAAUGGAUGAAGAAUCACUUCGGAAAGAGCCACUGGCUGGGGGCAUUUUUAAGGUUACUGGACUGGGUGUGAAGGGGAUUCCACCGUAUUCAUAUGCAGGAUAGAAUAUUUCCACUAGCAGAGAGACGCUAUGAACUAUAGUGGGGUUUGCAAAUACAGCAAGAAAUGUCGACAAAAUAAUACACGAUUGACUGAAAAAUGUAUUUUUGUUUCUAUUUCUCACAUAAACUGCACAAAUCUAAAGCUGGUCACUGUGGUGUCAAUUCUCAGAAUAAAAGUAUUCCUAACAA